GUAAGAACCUACUUGUUUUCAAUGUCAUGACGUAUCGAACAUAUCAAGUGUAAUUGUUAUUUAAUUUAUACUUUGUAUACUGUUAUUUUUUGUGUAUAUUUAUACUUAAAAUCUUAUUUUGAUCAGUGCUUGUUCAAAGUAUACCUACCAUUUACAGUAUGAUUGAAAGUAGUGUAUUAGUUGAUGGAAACAAUGAAAUUUCCCAACAAUUUCAAAAAUGUAUGGAAAAUUUGAGGAAUUUAGUGAAAAAUGCAGACAUUGAAGCGAAUGACGAUUAUUUAAAAAGAUAUUUAUAUGGAACUGAUAUGAACGUCGAAGAAUCUUUUAAAAAGAUAAAAAAUUGUCAUGAUCAUAUGAAACAAUAUAAGGACUGGUAUUGUAAAGAUGGACCCUUGAAAUUUAAAAAUUUUAUUGAUAAAAAUAUAAGAAUAGCACUAGAAGAUUGCGAUAAGGAAGGAAGACCAAUCUAUGUAUGUAAAAAUGGUAACAUAGAGCCAAAUAAUAUGAGUAUAUUUGAUGUGGUAGCAGUAGAUGACGUUUGGAUCGAAUCAAUCCUCAAUGAAAACCCAGAGGUAGCUGCAAAAGGUUUAUGCGUGAUAAUGGACAUAAAAGAUCAACAUUGGAAACUUACAAAAUGGUUGCAACCGGAUAUUAUCAAACAAAGUAUAAUGAAAAUAGAUAAUUUACCGUUCAAAAAUUUCAAAGUUCACGUAGUUAAUAAUUCAUGGUGGAUUAGUAUUGCGAUAAAAAUAGUUUGGCCCUUUUUGCCGCAAAAACUUAAAGAUAUGAUAAAAUUUCAUUUUGACAACAAGGAAGUAUUUUUCCAAUACAUAGACAGGAAAGUCUUACCAAUCGAAUAUGGUGGUUUAAAAGAAAUAAAAUAUUCAGAGCUCUACGACAAUCUUUAUAAGAAAAACGAAGAAAUAUUCAGUAGUUUCACCGUUAAUAGGAAAUGAUCCAUAUUUCAUUAAUAGGUUAAGUUGGAUUAGGUUUGUUGUUAUCGGUAAGAGACGUAUAUUCGUUAAGGAUAAUUGGUUCACAAAUAUUAUAUAUAUAUAUAUAUAUAUCAUUAUUAUUAUUAUUAUUAUUAUUAUUAUUAUUAUUAUUAUUAUUAUUAUUAUUAUUAUUAUUAUUAUUAUUAUUAUUAUUAUAAUCUUAAUAUCUAUUAAUUUUUAUGAAUAUUUCUAAGUCUUGAUGUCUCUGGUUUAGCAAGGGAUUGUUGCUUUCAUUGAGACAGCUUUUUUCCAAUAAUUGAUUCCAAAUUGAAACACAAUAUUCAAUACUUCCACUACAGUAACACCUAGAAUUACACUGUCUGAGUCGCGUUUCGUUAACGGAGUCAUCGUCUUCAUAGAUUGAAAAUAAAGUGUCUACAGUUCACCGUCGGUCUCUGAAGACGAUAGCUUUGUUAUCAAAACGCAUGCUAAACAAUGUAACUGCAAGUGUUGAUGUAAUGGUAGUACUGGAUAGUGUGUUCAGUGUUAUGAUUCUACCAAAAUGUGGGUUUAUAAUUUCAAACUAUUUCAACAAAUAAUUAUUUGAUUUGUAGUUACAAUCUAGUUUAUCACAUGGCAAAAAACUUUAUUUGAUGAUGAACACUUUAAUUGAUUAUGUAAUAAAUGUCUU